GUGCGUGGUAUCAACCUGAAGAAGACGGAGGUGCGUGGUCUCAACCUGGAGAAGACGGAGGUGCGUGGUCCAGGCCGGGACACGGCCGGCGGGCUUAUCCUCAACCAAUAUGGGGUCCCAGGUGCGUGGUCCCAACCUGGAGAAAACAGAGAGGUGCGUGGUCUCAACCUGGGGGAGACGGAGGCCGGGACGAGACUGGAGGGCUUAUCCACAACCAAUAUGGGGUCCCAGGUGCGUGGUCCCAACCUGGAGAAAACAGAGAGGUGCGUGGCGUCACCUGGAAAAGACAGAGGCACGGGCGAGGUGUGGUCUCAACCUCAGGAAGACGGGCUUAUCCUCAGCAGGCCAGAGCGCAUAUCCUCAAGCAAUAUGGGGUCCCAGGUGUGGUCUCAAACUCAAGAAGACGGAGGCGGGGACAAGGUGUGGUCUCAACCUCAGGAAGACGGGCUUAUCCUCAAGCAAUAUGGGGUUGCAGGUGCGUGGCGUCACCUGGAAAAGACAGAGGCACGGGCGAGGUGUGGUCUCAAACUCAAGAAGACGGAGGCGGGGACAAGGUGUGGUCUCAACCUCAUGAAGACGGGCUUAUCCUCAAGCAAUAUGGGGUCCCAGGUGCGUGGUCUCAACCUGGAGAAGACGGAGGUGCGUGGUCUCAACCUGGAGAAGACGGAGGCCGGGACGAGACUGGAGGGCUUAUCCACAACCAAUAUGGGGUCCCAGGUAGAACUUCUGAGUGCUGCCAUGACCGGUGGUUAUCGUGUCAACAGCGACGUGGAGGUGGUGCCAGCUGUAAACUUCGAGGACGAUGUGAACCUGCUGCGACGCGCCCUCCUGGAGGCGCGGGAGCUCUUGCUGACAGGCGGCUGCACAGAAGUGCAUUUCAAAGUUUGGCGGAGCGACCGCCCUGCAGCUUUGACACUGCUGUGCGCCAAAGCUUGCCAGCUGCACGAGGGGUGCAUGGAAGCCUACCUGCACCACCACGACGGCGGAGAAGAAUACGGGGUACUGCAGCCGGCAGGCACCGGAUGCACAGGCCCUCUGUUCGCCUUCCGGUGCAAGGAGCAGAACCACGUGUCCGCCCCACACCGCCGCCUCCAUCGUCCCCAUCUGAUGCAGUUCUACACGAACGACGUCGUCGAAUGGGUUGAUCGCCACGGCGAACGCGAACGCUUUCGUGUCACCGAGGUGCUUUUGGAAUGCGCAAUGCGUUGA